UGGAGGCGGCGGGCUGUGAGGGCGCGGGCGCCAUCUUGAGGCUGAGGGGCGGAGGGGGGCGGCGGCGGUUUGGGGGCAUGGGCUGGGGUUAAACCCGUCCCCGAGGUGUUAACAGGGCUCAGUAGGGCUUCAUCUGUCCCUGUGACCGCUGUCCUUGUCCUUAGGUUGUCUGAGGGAGCGGCACUGCAUCCCCUCACACCUCUGUGCUGUGCCUGAGCCUGGCCCGGGGCGUGAUGGCAGCCCUGAGGAGAUCCCUGAGCCUCGUGCUGCUGCAGCUCGACGCCGUGCCCCGAGGGCUGCCGACGCCUCGCUGCCUGCACACUGCCUGCAUCCAGGCCAACUCCAACCGGGUGGCCGUGUCCCGCCUGCAGCGCCAGGCGUACGGCCGCCAGUACCCGCUGCUGCUGGUCAGGACCGACGGCUCCACCAUCCACAUCCGCUACAAGGAGCCCAAGAAGAUCCUCAUGUUGCCCCUGGACAGCAACACGCUGCCCGAGGCGGAGAGGAAGGCCCGGCUGCGGCGGCAGUUCCCCACCAAACUGAGGGCCAGGGAGGAGGAGGACACCUUCGACAAGCUGGACAUGGAGAAAUACAAGAAAUUCUGGAAAAAGUGACACCGUGAAGCUCAUUGCAAAAAGUGAGGCAGCACCUCGCGGUCGCUCCUGCCGAGACGGGAUGGCCGACUGACUGUGACCUAACAGCAACAUGUUAAAAAAUAAUAAUAAUAUUUUGUCCUGGA